CCCACACCCGGAUGUUGUGUUUUUUGGGCUGCUCGAAUGGUGAUGGGAGAAUUUGGAUUCUUGGCAUAGGCUGGUGUUUUGCACAAGUUUAGGCAAAUUCGGAUUAAAUUAGCUGUAUUUCCUGCGUCACGAGGAUGCUGCGAGAGGGGAAAGAAGCGUGUCCAUUCGUGGAGGACAGUUUCAGCCGCUUUCUGUCCCAGAGUAACAUGUACGGACUCUGUCAGGCUGGAGAGCAAGAGUUACUCGCCGCUACUCUGAAAGGAAAAGUGGUCUGUUUCAGGUACCAAGACCUCCAACAGAAAAUCAGACCUGUUGCUAAAGAGGUACAGUUCACCUACAUACCAGUUGAUGCAGAGAUUGUAUCAAUUGACGCUUUCAACAAAUCUUCACCGAACAGGGGGCUGGUCGUGGGAAUAACGUUCAUCAAGGACUCUGGUGACAAAGCCACUCCAUUCCUCAACAUCUACUGUGACUACGAGCCAGGGUCAGAAUUCAACCUGGAGUCCAUUGCACAGAGCUGUCUGAACCUGGAGCUGCAGUUCACCCCCUUCCAGCUUUACCACACAGAAGUGCAGUGCGAAAAUGGAUGCAGUGAGACCGUGUUUCUGCUCAGUGGUCAUGAUCAGAGGAUUCAUCUUUACAAGGAGAACGCCUCCCUUCACCAAUUUGAAGAGCAGCCAGUCGAGAGACUCUUCCCUGAGCUACAAGAGCUGCCCAGCAAUGUGUUGUGGCUUGAUGUGCUGAGUAUCCCCGGCGGUCGUCGUCUCUCAGCCUUUGGCUGUCAGAACGGCUGUGUUGGGCUGGCUCUGGUGGACCAGACUGGACCUGAGAUUGUGCAGAGUUGGCGGGUGCAGCAGGACAGUCCCAUCUCCACCGUGCUGCUCUUCCCCCUGCAUUCCCAGGCAGAGCCGGCGGACCCUGAAAGGGCAGGAGAGACGGGAGGGGACGACAUUGAGAUCGUUGGUUACAACCUCCUGGUGACCAGCAGUAUAGAGAUGGCCGUCGUGUACAGGGAUGUCCAGGAGUAUGGUGUGAGUUGCCAUGCGUGCCUCUCGGAGAGUGACCAGUGUGACGCAGUGCUCUGUGCGCUGGUCACAGACCUGGACUUUGAUGGACAGAAGGAGCUGUUACUGGGAACUUAUGGACAGGAGCUGCUUUGCUACAAGUUCCAGCAACCAAUGAGAGGAACAGCGGAACAGUUCCAACUGCUGUGGAGGCGGAGCUUCAAGAGCCCUUUGCUGUCCAUCAUUUACUUGGAUUUGACUGGAGAUGGGCUGAGAGAGCUGGCGAUUCUAACACUCAAGGGGCUACACAUACUACAGCACAGUCUGACCAGCACUGCUGACGUGGUCCUUCAGCGACUGGCCGACAGGGGGUUAAAACUGGCCCCUGGCUCGGAAGUUCAGCCAAUCCCAGAACGGAACACCGAAGAGAGGGAUGCUGUGACCAAUGAGGAGCAGAGUGCCCCAUCAAAGUGAGAGCCAGCUGUUUUUUUUCUAUUUUUUUCUAUUUUAACCUCUAUUUAACACGGCAAGUCAGUUUAGAACAAAUUCUUAUUUACAAUGACGGCCAAACUCGGAGGACACUGGGCUAAUUGUGCGCCGCCCUAUGGGACUCUCAAUCACUGUCGGAUGUGAUACAGCCUGGAUUCGAACCAGGGACUGGGGUGACACCUCUUGCACUGAGAUGCUGUGCCACCUGGGUUACCCGUGCCAAUAAUGACAGUUUUAGCAUGAAUGAUCUACACUUACAACAUCAUGAUAAAAAAAAAAUUGGGAUGUUGCCUAACAUGUAAUAUUGUCCAUAUAUGUACACAAUAAAUUAACAAAAUAUG